AUGGCCCAGGUCGGGGACAAGUACCAGCAAGGGAUCUACGAUGCUCGCAAGCUGGCCCGCAAGCAGAACAUCGUUGUGGUCAGCUUGAACUACAGGCUGGGCGUGUUCGGCUGGUUGCAUCACCCUCACCUACGGGACGAGGCUGGCGAUGCUCUGGCGAACUUCGGGCUGCGCGACCAGCUCCAGGCCCUACGAUGGGUGCAAGCGAACAUCGCGGCCUUCGGAGGCGACCCAAGCCGAGUCACGCUGGUGGGCGAGUCGGCGGGCGCCAUGUCGAUCUGUGCACACAUGGCCUCACCAACAAGCCGGGCUUUCUUUCACAACGCCGUGCUCGAGUCGGGGAACUGCGAUGGACUCUUCAUCUGGCAGCCCCGGAAGUAUGCGGAGGACUACGGUCGGCGCUACAUCCGGGGGGUGUUCGGACGUCUGCGAGGCUGCUACUUAAGUAUGGAGACAAAGAACGAGACCUACAAGGCCAUGCGAGCCAGAACGGUUGCUCUGCAGAAGACACAGCGCCCAUGA